CACAAUUCGAAUCCCUUGUCAAUUGUGACACAGAGAUUAAAUGGCAACUCAAAGUGGGGACAUAUAAAACAUCAUGUAGAAUUAAUUUUUCUGUCAAAUUAAUCUUCCCCGAUUGGACAGAAACAAUUCUUUUCCCAUUGGGCAAACCAAUCUCACACGGUGAUAUUCCCACAACAUCAUACAAUAACGAAAUAUCACCAGUCAUAUGAUUUGAUGCCCCAGUAUCUAUAAUCCACCGCGGUGAUACAGGAAUACCUGAAAGCUUCAAACUAGAAACACACGAUGAUAGUGAGAAAAACAUUUUCCUUGGUUGUUCAUCGGCCAUGGCGGUAGCAGAGUGGCGUACGGCGUUGGCGGAAGAAUCAACAGCAGCAUCAAUCAAACAAUCUGCCGACGGGACGGUCGACGUGCUCGACCGUUCUAGAGCAACGGUCGACCGUUCCGUUAUCCGGCAACAGCAACAACUGACUAAAUCUGAGCAACGAUCGAUGGACGCCAUGCCGGGCGAUCGUGCUGCUGUUAAACUCUCACAGCUUUUUAAUGUACUAAAAUGGGUUUGUAAUGAGCGAGAUCUGUAUGAAACGUCUUCAUGUAGAGCUCUAAUGGAGCAGAUAAAGUGGUUUGCUGGAACACAAAUCCGAAAUGUUGCAUCUGUUGGAGGGAACAUCUGCACUGCCAGUCCAAUAUCAGACUUAAAUCCUCUUUGGAUGGCUGCUAGAGCAAAACUACAAAUCAUGGAUGUUGAGGACUAUGGCGGCUAUUUGGCUAAGGAUCAACAUGCAUGUAUGGUUGAGGCGGCACAAGCAUAUGGCGGCACAAAUCCCAUGAGGCGGCAAGCUUGUGGCGGUGAAGCUUUUGGCCUAUAAAAGGAGAUUAAGUCUCCUUUAUUUAAUUAUCCUCUUCAUUUGAGCACAUCCAACCAUGAGAAUUCAAGAGAGAGAGAGAUUUACUCUAUACCAAAACAAAUGUUUUGUUUUGAAGAAAAAUUGAGAGUAAAUGCUUAGGAAAUGUUUUCCUAAAAGAAAAGGCCAUAUCUCUCAAUAUUCAACAAGACAAGUUAUUAUCAAAUUGUAUCAUGGUAUCGGAGCUAAGGCUCUCAAAAACCUAGCCUCUCUUUUUUUUCCGACCGCCGCCCACCAUGGCAGCCCCGUCGGAUCCUUUGGCGUCCUUACCCUCCGGAGUAAAACUUUUGCUUCGGAGUCUCCACAACUUAAUCCCAGAAAAACUCACCGAAACAAAUUAUCCGGCAUGGUCUCUCAAUGUCCAGACAGCUCUUUCAGCUAAUCUCCUC